AUGAAUCCGAAGGAAAGCCACAGCAACAAAGCCAGCCUCCGCAAGCUGGAUCCCAGAGCACUUCUCAAGCUGGUACGUAUCUUCAAUGUUCCCGGUUUCGUAGCCACAAUAUUUGUUGGCGGAUUCAAGACAUUUUCUCUACAUAUAGGUCAAGGAGGGCAGCCACAACAGCAAGGUGCGCAGGGUGGAAAACAGCAGCAAAAGGGUUCAGGUCCACAACCAAGUACAAGUGGUGGUAAUCAAGGUCCGCAACAAAAGCAAAGAGGUCCCGGUCCACAACAAGGGACAAGUGGUGCUAAUCAGGGUCCGCAACAACAUCAAAGCGGUCCCGGUCCGCAACAAGGUUAUCAGGGUAUGCAACAGCAGCAAAGGGGUCCUGGCCCACAACAACAGCAAAGAGGUCCUAAUCCACAACAAGGUUCGUGGGGUGGUAAUCAGGGUCCACAACAACAGCAAAGAGGUCCUGGCCCACAACAAGGUUCAUGGGGCGGUAAUCAGGGGCCGCAACAACAACAACAAAGGGGACCUGGUCCACAACAACAACAAAGGGGCCCAGGCCCACAACAAGGUUCAUGGGGCGGUAAUCAGGGGCCGCAACAACAACAAAGAGGAGCAGGUCCACAACAACAAAGAGGACCAGGUCCACAACAACAAAGAGGACCAGGUCCACAACAACAAAGAGGACCAGGUCCACAACAACAAAGAGGACCAGGUCCACAACAACAAAGAGGACCAGGUCCACAACAACAAAGAGGACCAGGUCCACAACAACAAAGAGGACCAGGUCCACAACAACAACAAAGGGGCCCUGACCCACAACAACAACAAAGGGGCCCUGGCCCGCAACAAGGUUCAUGGGGCGGUAAUCAAGGUCCACAAAAACAACAAAGGGGCCCUGGCCCGCAACAAGGUUCAUGGGGCGGUAAUCAAGGUCCACAACAACAGCAAAGAGGUCCGGGACCACGGCAAGGUGGUGGACAUCAACAAAUUGAAGCAUCAUUCCAGAAGCUAUCACUGUCGGAGGGUAAACUGAAUUCAUACUUUAUCUACAGCCGCUAA